CACGGAGGGAGCGCAGCGCGCGCGUGCGAGCGGCCAGCCGGCUGCAUGGCGCGCUGCGAGCGGCUGUGCGGCGCGGCCCUGCGCGACGUGCUGGGCCAGGCGCAGGGAGUCCUGUUCGACUGCGACGGGGUGCUGUGGAACGGUGAACGCACCGUGCCGGGCGCCCCUGAGUUGCUGCAGCGGCUGGCGCGGGCCGGCAAGAACACGCUGUUCGUGAGCAACAACAGCCGGCGCGCGCGGCCCGAGCUGGCGCUGCGCUUCGCCCGCCUGGGCUUCGCAGGGCUGCGCGCCGAGCAGCUCUUCAGCUCCGCGCUGUGUGCCGCGCGCCUCCUGCGCCAGCGUCUGUCCGGGCCGCCCGACGCAUCGGGCGCGGUGUUCGUGCUGGGAGGCGAGGGGCUUCGCGCCGAGCUGCGAGCCGCGGGGCUGCGCCUGGCGGGGGACCCCGGCGACAACCCGCGCGUGCGCGCCGUGCUCGUAGGCUACGACGAGCAGUUUUCCUUCGCCAGGUUGACCGAGGCGUGCGCGCACCUGCGCGACCCCGACUGCCUGCUCGUGGCCACCGAUCGCGACCCUUGGCACCCGCUCAGCGACGGAAGCCGGACCCCCGGUACUGGAAGCCUGGCUGCUGCUGUGGAGACAGCCUCGGGACGCCAGGCCCUGGUGGUGGGCAAGCCCAGCCCUUACAUGUUCCAGUGCAUCACGGAAGACUUCAGCGUGGACCCUGCCCGCACGCUGAUGGUGGGGGACCGCCUGGAGACCGACAUACUCUUUGGCCACCGCUGCGGCAUGACCACCGUGCUCACGCUCACGGGCGUCUCCAGCCUCCAAGAAGCCCAGGCUUACCUGGCGGCUGGCCAGCGUGACCUUGUGCCUCACUACUAUGUGGAGAGCAUUGCGGACUUGAUGGAGGGGCUGGAGGACUGAGCCCACCUCCCCUGUUGUUCCCUGAUCCCACAGAUGGAGGCGACAGGCCAUGAGUCACAUUUGGGACCAUGAGCUUUCUGGAGUGGGUGUCUGUACCCCAGUGAAGGGAGGCUGGGAUCCAGGAAGGUUUGUGGGCUUUCACACCCCCUCCUAGCCGUGGCUGGACACUCUGCUCUUCAGAAGCUGUCCCCCCACAUCUUGAAGGUUCACCCUGGCCUGACCCCACCAGGUGGCCUUAUUUCCUGCCCUGUCACCUCCCCUCCUUGGGCCCCGAAGCCAAAUGAAGAUUUUUUUUUCCCAACCUUGUAAGUUCCUCCCACCCUCUGGGAUCUCUAGUGCUCUGUCCCUAGAGAUUGUUGGCCAAUCAGAGAUCUAGGGAACUCCAGCCUGUUCCUGGCCUGACCAGGCCUCUGGGAAGAGCUGCUGGAACUGCUGGCCUAUUAGUGUCUCAGAGUGGGCCUUUAGCGGAGCAAGUAGGAGCUUAAAGAAUGCCUUGCAUAUCCUGGAACCCCAGAGCACCAGUCAGAGGCUCUGCGUCCAUCAGGACAAUUAACGACCCCACUGGCCUCUUAGAUCCCAACUAGAACAAUCUCCAAGUCCAAGAGACUUGUGGCCUUUUGACAAUCCUAGCCUAACUGGAUCAGCCAAGGGACCAGAUGCUGGCAGCACAGGGUGAUGAAUGCCGGUAUGUAUAGCAUUCGGGAGGCUGAAGCAAGAGGAUUGCUGAGUCUGGUGACCGGGGUGGCAGGGUCAGACCUCAUCUCAGACAGAGGGUCAUCCUCCAAGUCACCCCACUCCACAGACUGCUCAGUGGGGCCCCUCUGUGGCCCUGGGGUAGUGUGGAGAGGUUCCCACUCCCACCUUAGCACCGUCCAGUGUUGAUGGCUUUUUCAGCUUGGAGGGGGCCCUCCUUUUGUCCCCACCUGCAGUCAGUGUUUGCAGUGCCACCCUCACCUGCCCAUCCCCAGCUAUUUAUUUGUUUAUUUAUUGUGUGCCAGUGAAGGUGGGGGUAGGGACCUUCCCACCCCCUCCACCUGUUGUAACCGGUCCUUGAACUUAAUAAAAUGUGAAUGGAAGUGUC